UUUGGUUUGUCAUUUUGACAGUUGAAGGAAAACAUGACGAGUCUUUUUCAAUUUCACAAGAAUUUAUAAACACAUAAACUGUAAACAAGAAAUUUCACAAAUACAAAAAGAUUACUAAGAAGUACUUAGUACAUUUGUGCGCAUAUUAAGCGAACAUUGAGUAGUCCAAAAGCGCAAUGUCUGACGCACUAUUUGGAUGGGACUUAACUUUCAAAACGGUCGAAAAAGAUAUAAAACGGAAAUCUGAUGUUAUUAUUGCAUUUAUUCAUUGGAAUCUAUCUAAGAGAGGUUUUAGAAGUAUUGGCAUAGGAGAUGAGAGGACAUUAUCUGGUGAUGAAGAAAAGAGUGAGCUGCUGCCAACUGGCUGGAAUGACAAGGACAAUUAUGCCUUGAGAUAUCUUCUUGAAAAUAAACUGUUUAUACUGCACGGACUGAACACUGAUGGCAACCUCAUUGUCAAUCUGAUGAGAUCAGAAGACUUGGUGGUAUCGAAUAUAGCUGUGAAGAUAGAUGACACGGUGAAGGAGUUGUGUGGGCCUAUUGACAAGAUGAUGCCGAACCACAGGGAGUUAAUAUACAAUGUGAGGAGAGACCUCAUUGAUACGGUCACAGAGAGGCCUACAACUACCACUGAGACCCAGACUUCUAGAAGUGAAUCAACAACAAGGAGGCCGCCAGAAGACCCGCUGAGGGUGCCACCGCGACCGAUGCCAGGAGUUAACCCUGACACCCCAGACCUAUGGGGAAUGCCACCACCGCGCCUGCCAAACAUCGGCAGCUCCGACCUGGACCCGUUCGCGCCCGGCGGCGGCGGCAUGCUGUUCAAUCCGUUCGAACCGCGCAGGGAUCUCGAGAACCCUGGCCUCGGAAUACCAGGAGGACUACCGAGGGGUGCAGUUCCCCCAGGAGCCCGGUUCGACCCGUUCGGUCCUCCCGGCGGGCCCAUGCCGGGGCGCCGGCCCGCGCCGCCCGAUGCCGACCACCUGCCGCCCCCGGGCUUCAACGACAACAUGUUCUUGUAACAUGGAGUCCUACCCUAAUUAAUAUCCUACAUUUGUUCACAUCAAUAUGAAUAAAGUUAAUUUGGAAAUAUAA